GAAUAUCUCUUCAACGUUUUCGAAGCCAUCAUUUCAACACUCGAAUCAAAACUUCAGAGGAUAGAAAACUUAGACAAAGCUGUGGAACAUCUGAUGAGGAGAGUAGAAGGCUUAGAUACUAGAGUAAAUAGUAAUAUAGACAAAACAGAGUCAGUAAUAACAAAAUUGAGAAAUUUAGAUUCCAAGUUGUUUCAGAGCCCUAAUAGAUUACCAUUCGAAAACAAAAAUUCAGAUGAGUUCCCUGAGCAGGAUUCUACGAGCUUGAACAGAAAACUGAUAGUGUUGGAUCAAAAAGUUAGUGAUAUAGACGAUAAACUCAGUAUUUUGAAGAAUCAGUUGGAUACUAAUUCUCUACAGGGGGAAGAUAUCAAUGCAGAAGCCAGUGAGAAACGUUCGGUCAGUAUGAAUGUUGUGGAAAUCACCAAAGCCCUCAACACCGAAGUGAUCAAUCAUGUGACUAAGGAACUCGGUCAGUUGAAAGAAGUCACUGUUGGAGUGGACAGGAAAUUGCAGUUCCACAUCAACCUAGUUCAGGAAAACUUGGGAAAGGUUUUGAACAUGAUGACAGAUGUGCAUCAUGCCAUAGUUGGUGAUCCUAAGGGGUACGGCACCUAUUACUAUAACACAAGUGCAACGACUACAACUCAGAGACCUGAUUCAUCCAAAGCCAAUAAAAUCGAUAAUCUGGUGCAGCAAAUCAAGCCAAUAAUUACAGUUUCGGAAAAAAUGGAGGAAGUCUGGAAUGUGGUGGUAGGAACGAAGAGUUCCGUAGACGAUUUGGUUCCAAAAUCUGACGAGCUCCUCACUCAAACACAAAGACAGGAAAGAGCUAUUGGUGAAAUUCACAAUGACUUGAGAACUAAAACCAACAAGAUCAUUGCCAAUUUGGAUAAGGUUGAAAAAAGGCUCAAAAAGCAAGAGGACGAUGUUGCCACUUUGGCACAAAAGCCCGUUCCCGCUGAAAUUUUAUUAGAUCCAUCUCUCGAGAAUAUAAACGGCUAUGAAUCAACAGGGUUUAUCGAAGAUUACGUUACGGAUACCACGUUGCCAGUUGGCUACACCACUUUGCCUCCACCUUUAAUUCAAACAUCAGGCCAGAAUAACUUCAACCAAGUUAGUGGAUCUGGUGGUACUUCUGAGAAGAGAGUGGAGAAGAGGAAGGGAGGUGUUAUUUUUCCUAGUGUUAAAAAGAAGCCCACGAAUGUUAAUUCAACUUUCAUUACUUCAGAUGUUUCCCAGGGACUGAAGGACGUAAAG